GCCCACCCCGAUAGAGGGGAAAAGCGCAGAGCGGCCCCUCGCCUUCAACCCGGACUUCCGGGUCAGCCCCCGCCGGCGGACCACGUGCGUUUCUCCCUCUGGCUGCGCUGCGAUCGCGGGAGGCUCCGGCCGGGCAGCCGCGGGCGCCGGGAUCAGAGGGCUGCAUGGCUGAGCCUGGCCCCCCGAGCGAGCCGGAGCGUGCCCUGCGCCGCCGCCUUCCCCGCCGCCUUCCCCGUCGCCGGAGCGACAUCUACGUGAACAUGAAGACGGACUUCAGGGCGCAGCUGAGCCGCUGCCAGAAGCUGCUGGCGCCCGGCGGGGGCUGCGCCGAGCUCUGCAUCCACGGACUGGGCCUGGCCAUCAACCGCGCCAUCAACAUCGCCCUGCAGCUGGAGGCCACGGGGGGCGGCUCCCUCCGCCUGGCCGCCAAUACCUCCACUGUGCAGCUGGCCGACGCCGCCGAGCCCGAGGGCGACCGGGACGAGCCGCUUGCCCGCGCCCGGCACAACUCCGCCAUCCACAUCCGCAUCCUGCGCGCCGCCCCCGAGUAGCCAGAGGGGAAGAGGAGGAAGGCCCGAGGAGGAGGACUCCCCUGCACGGCUGCAUUCUCACUGGAGGGUCCCGAAGAGCCUUGGGCGGAGGGGGGAUCGUGACUUUGUGUCUGGUCCGAGGCCCCUUUGUGUUCCCCCAACCCUGGAAUAAAAUAAAACCCCUUUGUACCAAUAAA